AUGUUCGACAUACCUCUGGUGACCAACUCUUUAGUCGUUGUAUUCUGUUUAAGUAUUUUCUUUAUAAACAUGCAUCUAUUGUUCUCAAUUUUCUAUUUGAAAAAAGCCGGUUUCAAGAAAGAUUUGGUAUUGGUAUAUCUCAUUUGUGCAGGUGAUGCAGGAUAUGGUUUAACUAUUGGAGGUCUUAAAAUAUCCACAAUGACAAUCACUUUCUACAAAACACUUAUUAUCAAAAACUUAAUAUUCUACAUUCUCUGGGCGACUAUCAUUUUCGGGAUUGUCCGUGCUACACUAAUAUUUUCAAUUGCAUUCCUUCGACUUUUAGCUUUACUCUUUCCAGUUUACUAUCACAAUAGUAACCAGAAAACUUCAUGUCGAAUAGUUAUCAUUUUCAUCUUAAUCCGCUUAUCUUACAAUACAUUCCUUGUAUUUGGCUAUUGUGAAUGCGAUAACUUCAAGUGUUCUUAUAACUUGUGCUAUUACGAGUAUUGGAUGUCAAAUGAGCGGAUUGUUUAUUCGAUUAUGUCUGUGGUAUCUCUAGCUCUAGUUUUUAACCUUUUGUUUUGGAAGUUCUGCUCCAAUAGUCAAAAUACCCAUGUUUUUACAAAGGCAACAAAAAUCGCGCUAAUGGACUCUGCGGUUUUGAUAUUCUCCAACCUAAUACCGCUCACCGCCAACAUUCAUUUCCCAUCUAUCGAUCCUCAAACCGUUUCCUCAACAACUACCGUUUUUAGAAACUCUGGUCUUUUUAUCAGCACUGUGAUAAUUUAUCGGAUGCUAAUUCGUGAGAAGAGGGAGUUUUUAGUGCGCAUAACUCCUGCUUUGAAUCAGGGAUCCGCGCCAACUUUAUCGAUGUAA